AUGCGAGCUCUCCGAUAUCACGGCGUCAAAGACCUUCGUGUCGAAAACGAUAUCCCAGAACCUCAGUGUGGAGAAGAUCAAAUCAAGAUAAAGCCUGCCUUUUGUGGGAUAUGUGGAACGGAUUUACACGAGUACUCGUCGCCGACCUUUAUCCCGUCGAAAGAAUCACCGCAUCCAGUCACCGAGGAAUCCAUGCCGAUUGCCAUUGGUCAUGAAUUCAGUGGUGAGGUAGUGGAAAUCGGUUCCAAAGCCAAAAAUCCUUCCAGUUUGAAGGUCGGAGACAAAGUCGCUGUUCAACCUACCAUAUGCUGUUUCUCCUGCGGACCAUGUAAGGAAGGGUAUAUCAAUUGCUGCGACAGUGCCGGCUUCGUCGGGCUAAGCGGUGGUGGAGGAGGAAUGUCGGAUUUUGUCUGCAUCGAUCCCCAGUUUGUGUUCAAGUUACCCGAUCACAUCCCUCUAGAUGUGGGUGCCCUGGUAGAGCCGCUGGCAGUUGCGUGGCAUGCCGUUGACCAGUAUCCGAUCAAAGAGGGUGAUCAGGCGCUGGUCAUGGGCGCGGGUCCCAUCGGGUUGGGAGUCAUUCAAUGCUUGAAAGCACGUGGCGCGAAGACCAUUAUCGUUGUCGAGAUCGCCAAGGAGAGACAGAAUUUCGCAAAGCAGUUUGGUGCCACUCACCUGAUCGAUCCGAGGAAAGACGACGUGGUCAAGCGAAGCAAAGAAAUUUGCCAUGGACAAGGCCCGCAUCUGGCUUUAGACGCAGCGGGCGUUCCAGCAAGUAUCAAAUCGGCCGCCCUCUCAGUCAGAGCAAGGGGGACCGUGGUGAAUCUGGCCAUUUGGGAAAAAGAGAUCCCAUUUCAACCCAACAACCUCGUAUUUGGAGAAAAGAAGUAUCUCGCCAUUCUCGGCUACCUCAAAGAAGAUUUUGUCGGAGUUAUCAAGGCCCUUGACAAUGGGAGCCUGAAGCCUGAAGGGAUGAUCACCAGUAAGAUCAAAAUCGAUCGAGUCGUCCAAGACGGCUAUCGUGCCUUGAUCGACGAAAAGGACAAACAUGUCAAGAUCCUUGUUGAUUGCAGAUCAUGA